AUGUUAUCGGAUUCAAAUAAAAAACAGUUUGCUUUGGUGGAGUUGGAGAAGUUGCUAUCUUUGUGGGGGAAGAGCCUGAAGGACUUUUCAGAAAUGUCAAUUCCAUACGAAACUAACAUAUGUUUGAGUGAAAACACGUUGAUAGCUGAAGAGUUAGCAUAUGACAAGGAAUCGUUGAAGAUAAAGCAUGAAAUAUUGGUAACACAAUUGACCGACGAGCAAAAGAAUGUUUACGACUCUGUGAUGAACGAUAUUGAUUCCAAUGGAGGUGGAUUGUUCUUUGUGUAUGCUUACGGAAGAACAGGCAAGAUGUUCGUGUGGAGAACAUUAUCGUCAAAGAUAAGGAGCCACGGUGAUAUUGUUCUGAAUGUUGCUUCCAGUGGAAUAGCAUCUUUGCUCUUGCUGGGAGCCAGGACGUCGCAUUCUAGAUUUUCUAUACCACUCUCUUUGAACGAAGAUUUCAUCCCACGUGCAAUAUAUCGCAAGGUAUUAAGGCUCACCAAGAACUUGAGACUACGGUCCUUAGCUUCAGAGGAAGAUAAACAAAUGGUUGAUUGGUUUUCAAAAUGGAUUGUAGAAAUCAGAGAUGGGAUUGCAAGGGUGGUAAACAACGGUUCAUUUGAGAUCGAUAUUCCUGCACAGUUUUUGUUGAAGUGUGGACACAAUCCCAUAACAAGUAUACUGGAAAGCACAUUCCCAAGCUCGAGAUAUGGCAUACUUGAUGAGUCGCAGCUAGAAGGCCGAGCAAUCCUCUCGCCGACUUUAGAUGUCGUUGAUCAAAUUAAUUAG